CUCUAAACUCACAGAAAGGAUUUUUUGUCUCGCGUUUUUUUCCCCCUUGAUGACAUCUCCGGGCCUCCGUAGAGACAGAUGGGAAGGGGGCAGAGCCAACAUGGUGGCCAAGGUGGUGAAGUUAGCAGUGAUACCGGCUGCUUUGGGUUUGGCUUCAUUCAAAGUUUAUUCCGUGACUGAGGAAAGGACGGACAAGCGGAUUUCCCCACGCGAGUUGUGUAUCUACAACACAGAGCCUCCGGCGCUACAAUAUGUGGAGGAGAAAGCGGGUCACCUGCAGACAGGCUUCGGGCGGAUGAGACUUGGGCUUCAGCGAUUUGUCCAAUCCGUGCAGAACACUUGCAGCUCGGUCAGAGUCGGGGCCGUUUCUUUAUACCAGACUGGACACGACACGUAUAAUUUCCUGAGAGACCCACCCCCUGGUUUCCUGCCCAGAGUUGGUAUAAUCACCGUGUCUGGAUUGGCUGGCCUCAUCCUGGCACGCAAAGGUUCUCGGCUAAAGAGAAUCGGUGUUCCUCUGGUCAUGACGUCUGCUGGUACUGCUGUAUGUUACCCCCUGCAGACUGUCGCAGUUUUACAGGUGACGGCUAAAACGGUGUACGCCACCAGCUCUUUGGUUGCUUCUGCGUUCAAAUCGAACUCCAAAGUGGACGGCGUCGUUCCUGAGAAGUCUCAGACAUCAGAAGAGGAUGGACCAGGAACAGAAGUCCCUCAGCCUGAUGAACUACCACAAAAGGUGCCCAAGGGUGAACCUGGACCACAGCGUGAACCUGUACCAGAAGCUGAACCUGUACCAGAAGCUGAACCUGUACCAGAUUCAAAUGUUGUGGAAGGUUUAGACAUUUCUGACAAUUUGCCUGAAUCUGCUGCCACACCAACUGACACUGCUCCACUUGUAGAGGAAACUACACCUUCUCCUCCUCCAGCUGUAGAGAAAACUACACCUUCUCCUCCACCAGCUGUAGAGAUCACAACCUCUCCUACAGCCAAAGAGAAGCCGCGGUUCGUCCCUGACCCGUCUUUACUGGACCACGGACAGGCUCAUCCUGAAGAUUCGGACUUGUACAGCACCCGAGGAUGAGCGGGAAAACCCGAAACGGACCAGAGUACGAGUGUGACAAUGGAGUUGGGUGGUGGACGGUAACGAAGGAGAACAUUUCUGCUUACAACAAAAACUUGAAUCCAGAGUGAAGAAUUAAUUGCAAUAAAAAACAAAACAACCAACAACA